AUGAUCUGGAAGAGGUCCAAACUAAAAUCUGAAACUCAAACGGGGCUCAUACAAGCGGCAGCUAAAGGCGACAUACAGAAGGUGCAGCAAUUGCUCGAUGCGGGAUGUGGUGUCGAUGGUACGGAUGGGCUUCAAAUGUCAGCUCUUCAUUGGGCAGCUUUGAAAGGGUGUGGAAAGAUAGUGACGCUAUUGCAAGAGAACCGUGCUGAUACCGGUGCUACUGAUUCAUAUGGAAGGAUCCCGAUGCACUGCGCUGCAGAAAACGGCUAUACGUCAAUCGUCCAGGAGUUAGUGAAUCCCACCAAUAUUGAUGCCCGUGAUAAAUCUGGAAGAACGGUACUUCAUUGGGCCACGGAAAAUAACCACGGGGAUGUGGUGAAAGUACUACUUGAACGAGGGGCCGACCAGAAUCUACAGGACAAAUUUGAACAAACAGCCUUAUCUCGAGCAGCAUGGAGAGGAUGGGACGAACUAGUGCAGCUGCUGCUAGUGAAUGGGGCCAAAUUCGAUAACCCAGAUCGCAGUGGCCGUACAGCCCUGCAAUUAGCGGCUAAGAAUGGGCGUGGAGAGACAGCAAAGCGGCUUUUCUAUUGGAUGAUGAUGAGCAGUGUGGAAGGCGACUACGCCUCAGCUAUCAAUGAGAUUUUGAAGACAAUGAGAGACGAAUGGAGAGAUGAUGAUUUGAGUUGGUGUGGACGAGUGUUGUCGUGGGCGGCACAGAACGGACAUGACGCAGUGGUCAAUUUGCUACUCGACACGGAGCGCGUCGACCCAGAGUCGAAGGAUACCAGCGGACGGACACCGCUAUCGUUAGCGGCAGGGAGCGGACAUGACGUAGUGGUCAAGCUACUACUCGACACGGAGCGCGUCGACCCAGACUCGAAGGAUACCAUCAGGGAACAGACGCCGCUAUCGUGGGCGGCAGAGAACGGGCAUAACGCAGUAGUCAAGCUGCUACUCAACCUAGAGCGCGUUGACCCAGAGUCGAAGGAUACCAGCGGACGGACGCCGCUAUCGUUAGCGGCAGGGAGCGGAUGUGACGCAGUGGUCAAGCGGCUACUCGACACGAAACGCGUCGAUCCAAACUCGAAGGAUACCAGCGGACGGACACCGCUAUCGUUAGCGGCAGGGAGCGGACGUGACGCAGUGGUCAAGCGGCUACUCGACACGAAACGCAUCGAUCCAAACUCGAAGGAUACCCGCGGACGGACACCGCUAUCGUGGGCGGCAGAGAAAGGAGAUAACGUAGUGGUCAAGCUGCUACUCGCCACGGAGCGCGUCGACCCAGACUUGAAGGAUACCAGCGGACGGACACCGCUAUCGUUAGCGGCAGGGAGCGGACAUGACGCAGUGGUCAAGCGGCUACUCGACACGAAACGCGUCGAUCCAAACUCGAAGGAUACCAGCGGACGGACACCGCUAUCGUUAGCGGCAGGGAGCGGACGUGACGCACGCGUCGAUCUAGAUUGGAAGGGUACCAGCGGACGGACGCCGCUAUCAUGGGCGGCAACGAACGGACAUGACGUAGUGGUCAAGCGGCUUCUCGACACGGAGCGCGUCGACCCAGACUUGAAGGAUACUAGGGGACAGACACCUCUAUCGUUAGCGGCAGAGAACGGACGUGACGUAGUGGUCAAGCGCCUACUCGACACGAAGCGCGUCGAUCCAAACUCGAAGGAUACCAGCGGACGGACGCCGCUAUCGUGGGCAGCAGAGAACGGACAUGACACAGUGGUCAAGCUGCUACAACAAGCUUGA